GGUCCGUCAGACUCCCAAGCCUAAGUGUUUCAAGACUUGGCUAUGUUCAAGUAGGAAGAGGAUCCCAGAGGCCCUGCAGUCCAUCAGACCAGGUAGCCACUGGUGUCAUGGCAGCUUUGUUACUGGGGACCACUGUCCAGAAAAAGCUAUUAGAGAGUAGCUUCAAAGAAUUAUUUGGCAAGCCCUGUGGGUUGAUGCUGAGGGACAAGAUUGGAUAAUCAUGUUUCCCCUUCCCAAGGUGUGUGUGAAGAAAGGGGCAAGGGAGAGAGAGCCUAUGUGUGUGUGUCUAUGUUGGUGCUUCUGGUUGUGUGUCUGCCUAUCAACGCAUUUGUCAGCUUCUCCGUGGAUAUGUGUAUGUGGGGGAAGGGGGGAGACGGUAAUAUGUAAGUUAUGCUUAUGUGUGCAGGUCGGUGUAUACAUUGUUUGGAUGCACCUGAGUGAGGUCUGCGUGGGUCACAACCACAUCAUUCAUUUCUAUUAGGUUAAGCCAUUUGAUAAUAGCUCCCCCAAAGCAAAGCUGACUAUGGAGCCAGCCUGUCGCGAACUGUGUCUGUGUACUGUAGAUAAACUGGGUAAUUGGACUCUCCGCCUCCUCAUCCAAACAAACACUCACAAACCGCCCACCCCCACACUGGAGGGAGUCUGGUACCCGUCAUCUGGGUACUUGGCUCUAGUGCCCCGCUGUUCCUGACCCUGUGUACAAGCGGUGUGCGGACUGGGUAAGGACAGAGCGCCUGUCCCCUGCUCCCCGAGCCGCCGGGCGGGGGCUCCCGGCUCACGCGUGAUGCGCUGUCUGCGCCUCGCGCGGCGCUGCUUGGCCUGGCUGGGGCCUGGCGUGGAUGCCGCGGGACCGCUGAGUGUGGAGGGGCUGUGAAGCGCUAGCCGGCGUCGGGGCCCUUGCCGGGUCCGCCGGGAGCUGGCGAUGUAGGCGGCGAGAGGGGGCGUGGAGUAGCCGGAACCUUCCCCAUACCCCACGGCUCGCACCUCCCCCGGCUCCCUAGCGCUCCGCGUGCGCUGGGGCGCGGCGGGCGGGGCUCCCGGGGCUGCCAUGGAGGUGCCCAACGUCAAGGACUUCCAGUGGAAGCGCCUGGCGCCACUGCCCAGCCGCCGGGUCUACUGCUCCCUGCUGGAGACCGGGGGGCAGGUCUAUGCCAUCGGGGGAUGUGAUGACAACGGCGUCCCCAUGGACUGCUUUGAGGUCUACUCUCCCGAGGCUGACCAAUGGACCGCCCUGCCCUCGCUGCCCACAGCCCGGGCUGGGGUGGCCGUCACCGCUCUGGGGAAGAGGAUCAUGGUGAUUGGGGGUGUGGGCACCAGUCAGCUGCCCCUGAAGGUCGUGGAGAUGUACAACAUCGAUGAGGGCAAGUGGAAGAAGAGGAGCGUGCUGCGUGAGGCCGCCAUGGGCAUUUCGGUCACGGCCAAAGAUUACCGAGUAUAUGCAGCAGGCGGGAUGGGCCUGGACCUCCGUCCGCACAACCAUCUUCAACACUAUGACAUGCUCAAGGACAUGUGGGUGUCGCUUGCACCCAUGCCCACCCCGAGAUAUGCUGCCACCUCCUUCCUCCGUGGUUCCAAGAUCUAUGUGCUGGGGGGACGACAGUCCAAGUAUGUGGUCAACGCCUUCGAGGUCUUUGACAUUGAGACUCGCUCCUGGACCAAGUUCCCCAAUAUUCCCUGUAAGCGGGCCUUCUCCAGCUUUGUGACCCUGGACGACCAUUUGUACAGCCUGGGAGGCCUGCGGCAGGGUCGGCUCUACCGGCAGCCCAAGUUCCUCCGGACGAUGGACAUGUUUGACAUGGAACAGGGGGGAUGGCUGAAGAUGGACCGUUCCUUCUUCCUCAAGAAGCGGCGGGCAGAUUUUGUGGCUGGUUCUCUGAGUGGACGGGUCGUAGUGGCCGGAGGACUUGGGAACCAACCAACUGUCCUGGAGACGGCAGAGGCGUUCCACCCAGGGAAGAACAAGUGGGAGGUCCUCCCAGCCAUGCCCACGCCCCGCUGUGCCUGCUCCAGCAUUGUCAUCAAGAACUGUCUCCUGGCGGUGGGGGGUGUCAACCAGGGUCUGAGCGAUGCAGUGGAAGCCCUGUGUGUCUCUGACUCCUAGCUGUCCCCUGGCCCAGCGCCUUUGCCCUGGACCGAAUCACUCAACUCUUGAUAAGAGGAAUGGUCUUGUCAAAGCAGUUCGGGCUACUUCUCAGAUGCCAGCUCCUGUCAGCAGCCAGCGGGUCCGGGCCCUGGGGCUGUAAGUGACCCCCCCUCCACAUCCUAACCCUCCCAAUCCUAGGAAACUGUAAGAAGUCCGGAUGACUCCAUCAGCCCCUGGUCAGAGCUCAACUGACCUCUAGGGGGAGUUCUCACUUAUUGCUCAGGCAGAAAAGCACAGGAGUAUCUGCUACCCCCACCUUUGUGAGUCCCACCUCUCCCCAUCUUCAGAGUAGGAGUUAAGUAGGGCAGUUCUGACCCAGAGGAUGAGCUGCUACCACUGUCCUUUCCCCAGCUCUCAACUCGUUUGAAGGUCUCUUGGGAUGAAAAAUGGAGAAGGAUUGGGGGGAAGGGGAUCCCAAGCGCCUCUUCUCUCCCUUGGUCUGCAUCCUUUCCCCAUUUGGUGGUCAAGUGUGGACCUCAUCUACUCCACAAGAAUUGGCCUUAGAGUUAGAGGCCGCUGAGCUGUAAGAGAAGCCAUGGACUGCUCCAGGUCAGCAGCCUUGGCCAGGAAGGAGCCUUGAUGGGAAGGUGAUGCUGGGGGAGGAGCAGACUCCCAGCCCAGGCUCUGCUCCCAUUCCUUUCCUCAGUCUGCGUCUUCUUCUACCACCCCUCCCCACCAGAGACCUUGGCCCCUUUGUCACCAGUAGCCCCAGAGUGUUUCUGUGUGAAACCUUCUCAUUUACACUGUGGCACCAAAAUCCACAAAGGAUGGGUUAAUUGCACUCUGGUUAACAGCAGCAGCACAAUGAUUAAAAUCUAUAUUCCUAUCUUC